CUUAUCUAUUCCACACAAAGCUAUUAUUACCACUAUUACCAUACUUUUAUUAUUAUUAUUAUUAUUAUUAUUAUUAUUAUUAUUUAUUUUUAUUUAUUUACUUAUUUUAUGCUAGACAGGUAACGAAUUGCUAAAAGAUCAUUUUUAUGCAUGUUCUACGCACCCCCAACUUGCAUUUGCAGCAGAGUUAUGUGACAGAGAAUGAGAGCCAUUGGAUGCCUGCGUUUCCAUCAGUGCCAGUGUUUCUCCGUGAGGUCAGUGACAGACUCCGACUGCUCCAAAUCAUUGCGCGCACAGCGCACCAACUGAACAUAGACACUCCGUCUCUGCUGUUCUCUUUCUGUGGAAUCUGAACAUCUUUAAUGAACAUCUUAUCACGAUUUGAAGCGUCUGGACCCGUGUGAUUGUAAAUACAUUACUUGCGCAAUUGGAUUCUCAGGCGAACAGGACAGAUUCAGCACCACGGCUGCGGACAGCUCCCGUUCCCCCGUGACGCGCGUCUGGAUGGCCGCUGAUCGCCUCGCUCUUUCGCCGCUCUGAUCCGCUCUGUUCGCGAUGGCAUCACACGGGUUUUGGUUUAAGGGUGAAAACGCAGCUGGAAGCCCCAGCCAAAGUCCCACCACCACCAGAGCUUGGUGUCAGGCGGCGGCCCAGAAAUUCACCGGAGGCAUCGGCUCCAAAUUAUGUGCUUUGUUAAAUGUGGGAGAGGCUGAGAAAGCAGCUCAAGCCCCAAUUAAAGCCGAAGAUGAGCCAACAGAGGAGAACUGCGGCUGUAAUAAACCCUGUAACUGCCCCAAACCCAGCCUGUGCUUCUCUGAUCUCUAUUCAACAGAUCUUUUACCUGCAUUAAACGGGGACGCGAAGACUAUGAAUUUUCUGCAGGAGGUUGUGGAUAUAUUGCUGGCUUAUAUAGUGGAAUCUUUUGACCGGUCAACGAAAGUGAUCGAUUUUCACUAUCCUAAUGAAUUGCUUCAAAGGAAUAAUUGGGAGCUUUCGGAUGAACCCGAGACUUUAGAUGAUAUUCUGAUCAGCUGUCGCGCUACACUGAAAUACGCCAUAAAGACCGCACACCCUAGGUAUUUCAAUCAGCUCUCCACUGGAUUAGACAUGGUUGGUCUGGCGGCAGAUUGGCUGACGUCCACUGCCAACACCAAUAUGUUCACCUAUGAGGUGGCGCCAGUCUUUGUGCUGUUGGAAUACGUCACGCUGAAGAAGAUGAGAGAGAUCAUUGGCUGGGAGGACGGCCACGGCGAUGGAAUAUUCUCUCCGGGUGGCGCCAUUUCCAACAUGUAUGCCAUGUUGCUGGCUCGCUAUAAGAUGUUUCCAGAGGUGAAGGAGAAAGGAAUGUCAUCCGUUCCAAGACUGGUUGCUUUCACAUCUGAGCAUAGCCAUUUUUCAAUCAAGAAAGGAGCUGCAGCGCUUGGAAUCGGUACAGAAAGCGUCAUCUGUAUUAAAGUCGAUGAAAGGGGUAAGAUGAUUCCUUCUGACCUUGAGAGGAGAAUAGUUGAAGCCAAGCAGAAGGGAUACGUGCCGUUUUUUGUCAGUGCUACGGCCGGUACCACGGUUUAUGGGGCUUUUGAUCCUCUAAUCGCAAUAGCGGACAUCUGUAAGAAGUAUGAUGUCUGGAUGCAUGUGGAUGGAGCAUGGGGUGGAAGUUUGCUGAUGUCCCAGAAACACAGGUGGAAGCUCAAUGGAGUUGAGAGAGCUAAUUCCAUGACCUGGAACCCUCAUAAAAUGAUGGCUGUGCCCCUGCAGUGCUCUGCUCUGCUGGUUAGAGAGGAGGGACUGAUGCAGGGCUGCAAUCAGAUGCAGGCGUGUUAUCUCUUCCAGCAGGACAAGCACUAUGACCUGUCCUACGACACGGGGGACAAAGCCCUGCAGUGCGGACGCCAUGUGGACAUUUUCAAACUAUGGCUGAUGUGGAGAGCAAAGGGCACUAUUGGUUUUGAGGCUCAAAUUGAUAAAUGUUUGGAGCUGUCAGAAUAUCUCUACAACAAGAUCAAGGACAGGGAAGGAUAUGAGAUGGUCUUUAAUGGAAAGCCUCAGCAUACUAAUGUGUGUUUCUGGUAUCUUCCGCCGGGCGUACGCUACCUGGAGGACAAAGUGGAGAGAAUGAAGCGUCUGCACAAGGUCGCCCCAGUAAUCAAAGCCCGAAUGAUGGAGUACGGAACAACCAUGGUGAGCUAUCAGCCGCAGGGAGACAAGGUCAACUUCUUCCGUAUGGUCAUCUCUAACCCAGCUGCUACCUUUGAAGACAUUGACUUCCUCAUUGAAGAGAUUGAGCGACUGGGACAGGACCUUUAAAAACUCACAGCACCAAAACCUCUUAUUCUUGUGUCCCUGGAUGGAUCAGCUAUUUGUUGUGAAUGUAACGGUAACUCUUUGAUUCCUCUCCUCCAAAGUCACAUAAAAAAAAUAAGACAUGAAAAUAUCUAGUAUUUUAGUAUUGUAGUGUUGUUGUGGGCUUCAUGGUCCAAAGCCCUGUUAAAGUGUUAAUGUCUGCUUUAACUGUCUUAGUGUCUUAAACAAAACUUUGUUUGUUUACACGUGUUUAGUGAGAAUUUGAUGAGUCAAUCACUUCUAUUCAGUGCAAGUCAUUCCUGAGUUUCUGUUUGAUCAGUUAUUCAAAGUGCCAGACAACAUUAAUCUAUAUGAUUAUAUUAUGAGAUUUGAUUUGUCAAGCUUUUUGCCAUUUGAAGAGAUUUUCAAAGAAACAACUUCAGUUACUUAAAUUGGGUUAGUUAUUGAAAGAAAGAAAAAACACAUUUAUACAAUAUAAUAUUAUAAUAUAAAUAAAAUGUCUGUCAUCAUUCAACAGUUAUAUUGAUAAGAAGCCACCAGCAUCUAUACAGAAAAAUAAUGCUCUGUAAACAUGAUAUUUCAAUAUAGAAAGUCAGCAAAACUAAAAAUGGAUGGGCCAAAUUUUCCUUAACAACAAAAAGUUGAUGCAUUCAAACAAUUCGUUCACACUUUCAGAAAUGUGAAUUUAUGCAUUUUUGAAAUGAUUUUAUAAAUAUUCAGGGUGGCCUCCGUGUCUAAUUUGGGUGGACCCAGGCCCACCCCUUUCCACCCUUGGCUACGCCACUGGCGAGAGUAAAUCUAGCCAAACAAACCAUUUCAUGGUAUAUAAAUAGUUGAGUAUCACACUGGCAGAAAAUACAAUUAGCUGAUUUUUGGAUGUCUGGAUUGGUGUCUACAGUUGAUAAUCUGUGGAUGGCAAGGAACCAUUAUGUCAAAUUAGAAAAACUAAAUCAAGCAUUUGUUCUGCACUAUCAUUUAAUAAUAUCCCUUGUAAAGAAAAAAUGCACAUGCACAUUUAUAUGAACAGAGUACAUUACAUGAUGCAGUAUUAUGUUGAAAUGUAGUCAGAUUUACAUAGUCUAAACAGCUUUAUUACAUAAUAACAAUAGAUUUAUUCAUUCAUGUAAUUAUUUAGAUUUGUUAUAGAGAAUUCUAGCUACUGUAUUUCAGGGUAAUAACAGAGCUAAUAUCUGAAUUUAAUGUUCUGUUUAAAUUCAAAGAAAAUAAGCAUAAGGGUUCUGCCCUGUGUGUAAAUAGACUUUCAGAUGUUCCUGAUGAAGUUCAUAUCUAUGUGAAUACAUCCAUGUACUGUAUAUAAGGCAGAAUCUAUUUGUGUGGUAAAUAAUAUUAUUUUCUCUAUUAAAAUAAUAAUAAUAAUAAUAAUCAGAAAUAGUAGAUAUAUUCUGCUUGUGUGUGCGUGUGUCAGAUACAUGAUGUAAGUGUUGUUAAUGCAGAGAUAAAUGUAUGAAGGAUAUGGCUUUAAAUACUUUAGAAUCCACUACAUUUUAAUAUACUAACAAUAAAUUAUAAUUAUUAUUGAGACAUUUCUGUGGUUAUGAAAGCCAUUUCUGAACCAAUGCUGGUUGUAUUUGUGCCCAAGUGAUAAACUUGAUAUCUUGUGCCAAUUUGUAUUUAUGUGUGUUUGUAACUGUAUUGCCUUAGUAUUUAUUGCAGUAUUGUCUAGUUCUCCUAAAGAGGAGCUUGUGCACUUUAGCAUAUACAGUAUGAUGAUCUGUCCAAUGGUUGUUCUUAGUUGGAUGUUAUAAGAAAUCAAGCGUUGUCUGAAUGUUUCCCAGCUUGGACUUUCAUUUGAGAGUUGCUUUAUAGCUGAAAUCUUUAGUAGACUCUCAAAUGCUAAUGCUAAUGCUACUACAUGUAUCCCAACAGAAUGAAAGAGGCAAAGAAUGCUAAUUUCGUCAGAACCUUUGAGAUUUGAGCAUUAUAUCUGUCCCUUUUCAGGGUUGGCAAGCUGUGUGUGUAAAGCUCUUAUAAUCACGACAAAUGCAUUGACAUCUCACUGUGGUAGUCUUGAAAUGCUCGCAGACGUUUUCUCCGCUGCUGCUACAAACCUGCUCUCUUUGCACGUGCAUGAACGCCUUGCCUUCAGAGCUUGUGAAAUACAAUCCCAAAUAUAUAAAGUGCAACCCGUGUUAGUUUUAGUGUGCAAUAUGGAUAUCUUAGCUUCAACUAUAGUACUCUGUUGCUAGCUUGCUCGCUGUGUUAGCAUUACCCGACGUAUUAAUCUGCUAAGCAAGCAUGUUCAAUGUGGCUAGAAGUUGUAUGCUUUUGCGACAAUAAUCUCUAUCUUUCUCUCUGUCUCUUGCUUUGUCUUCCGCAGCUUUAAUAUUAGUGUGUUGGUUCUCGGCAUGCCUCGAUAUACUGUAAGCAUUUUUGACGUCUCAAUGUCUCUAUCUCUAUCGCUCUAUCUUCUCUCUAUGUCUUUCUCUCGAGCUUUGCCCUGUAGCAUCCGUCAGAUCUUUAUGAGCAGUGCUUUAUCCGCUGUUUCACGGCUACCCAAUCAGUUUGUCAUGAGCCCAACUGAACAGGGUAACAACAUGACCAGGUGAAUUCAGUUUGUUUUCUUUCUCACCCAACAUUGUUUGAAAGAAAUAUGUUUCAUUGAGGAACUGACGUUAAGAAGAAAGUUAAAAACUGGUAUAUAUAACAUGUAUAGUGAGGCAGACAACAGACCCUCUUUAAAAAUCCAGUUCUCUUGAAAUGUGUUUUACUUUCAUGGGACAAUACCAAUAAA